AUGCUCAGGAUCUCGCCUCGCCUGUUGACCAUUUCUCGUCCUCUUUUAACAGCCCCAAUUCACUCUCGGCUUAUCUUUCGUGGUCAAUUGCCUGUACAAGCAGCCAGAAUGUCCGAUCUAACCAACAUCUUCACUGCCAACGCUUGCCCGCCCGUGGGUCCCUACUCCCAAGCCGUCAAGGCAAAUGGCCAGAUCUUCCUCUCGGGCCAAAUUCCCGCGGACAAGAACGGCAGCCUUGUUGAGGGUGACAUCGCAACUAAGACCCAGGCUUGCUGUGACAACAUUAAGGCCAUCCUCGAUGCCGCCGGAUCGUCUGUUAGCAAGAUCAUCCGUGUCAAUGUCUUCCUCGAUGACAUGUCGAACUUCGCAGAGAUGAAUGCGCAGUAUGAGAAGUUCUUCACCCACAAGCCUGCUCGUUCUUGUAUCGCAGCCAAGCAGCUGCCUAAGGGUGUUCCAGUUGAGAUUGAAUGUAUUGCUCUUGCGUAA